CAUAACUUCAGCCCGCGCCAUGUCCUCAUGUGUCGCUUCGAGAUCCUGAGCCUCCUUCUCGUCUUCUUUCAGAAACGAAGCCCGCGCCCGCGGCCGUCGAACAGCGGCGGCACCCCACCGCGGCCAUGCUCCACGAAAUACUCCUCUCGCUCUCCGGCCACCCCUCCGCGCUCUUCGAUGCCCAGCCGGGCCAUUCGCACGUGACUUCGACGCCCAUCGCGCUGCUUUCGCCGCCCGAAGCUGAGCUGCUGUCUUCCCUGGGCCAUCUGUCGCGUCUGCAUCGCCGGACCCGCGAUCAUGUCACCCGAAUAGCUGCUUCCCAUCCCUCCACCGUGUGCAGGGCAGUAGCCGCAGCCAUCACCUCUUACCAUCUGGACAAGUUCCAACGCCAGAUUUUGGACGUUGAGAGCCGCAUUCUGAAACAGGAUGCCUCCACUGUGGGCGCGUACAACAUCGUGCCCCUGGCCGGAAUUGUUGGCGAAUUCUCCGAAUGGGUUAGGCUGAUGGAAUGGUUGUGGGACAUCAGCAGCUUCAUCAUGUCUCCCGAAGUUCCCAAAAAGGCCGAGCAAACCGAUCAAAGGGCGUCUUCUGGGGCUGGACUUAUCGACAAGCUACGGACAGAAUCACAGACCGGUUAUCCUGAUCUUGAAGAGGCGGCCCUCCAUCUUGGGACCGUUGCGGAGACCUCGUGGCUACGACAGCUCUCCACGUGGCUACUAUACGGUCGCCUGCCUUCAUUUGGGGCAACCGACUUUUUCAUCGGCGAUGACCACGAUGAGGACCUCUCUUUCGCUGUGAACCACAAACUGUUGCCAAAGUACGUGACACGUCAGACCGCCGCUUCUAUACUGUUCAUUGGAAAGUCCCUCAAUCAGAUUCGGUCCUUGCCAUCGUCAUCCAGUACGCUGAGUGGGUCGUCUUCUACUGUCUCGGAGCUUGAGCUGCUACCAGUACAUGUUCGCCAUCUUUCUGAGGUGACGGCUCCUAUAUCCUCGGCAAAGCUCUCAGAAGCAGUCGCAAAUAUCCGGUUGUCUCUCUCGCGGAAUCUUCUUCAGCAUCUUCUGCCUCGCGAUAAGAUCGUGGAGAUCCUCACCGUCUUGCAUCAGUUCUUCCUGCUGGGCCGAGGAGAAUUUCCAAUGGCGUUGAUAGCGGAAGCAGAUGAAAGGAUACACUCCCGUCAUCGGAACCCACUGCAGACCAAGUCUAGCCAAGGCAUUCAAGGGAUACUGCUGAAAGAGGCCGAGAUCAACCAUACAUUAGCGCGUUCGUUCUCUGUGCUCUCGACGUUGAGUGGCGAAGACGAUCAUACAGAUGAUAUCCUGGAUGUUGCAAUGGACAUCCUUCAUCUCUCUGUCCAAGACCGAGCAAGCCAUCGACCCGGGACGCCCGGCCGCGCCAGGGACUCCGCUGCCAUUCUUCCCCAGAUUGCCAUCGUGGCAUUUGACGACCUGUUGUUGGCCGUACCAACGUCUCUAACUAUGGAUAUAAGGUCGCCGCUAGAUCUUUUCAUGACGAAGGCGGAUCUCGAUGUCUAUUCGGCUAUUAAUGCAUACCUCCUUGCGCUGCGCCGCGCUCAUCUCCAUAUAGUGCAGCUUUGGCGCCAGAGUUCCAUCCGCAGAGUCCACCCAGGCCCUCCUGAUUAUAGAUACAGCAACUCGCCCCAUGGCAUGGCUGUAUUGGGGAGGCGUCGCGAGCGGAAUAACACACGGACUCGGUACCUGCGGCCGGUCUGGGCGACGUGCGCAGCAGCGAUUUUCUUUCUCUCUGAGAGCGAGGCUUACUUCCAAGGGGAGGUAGUCCAGGAGUCUUUCAGACACUUCUUACACUGGGUCGAGCAUCCUGAGCGCGACUCUUCUACCACUUCCACCAGUACAAGCACCAAUCUGGAACCCCAACCUUCCAGUGGCUCUACUCGCUCACAACAGUCCACCAUAACCCCAGAAGCACAACACCAUGAUCCCGAAGCCCUCUCUCUCGCCCAUCGCCAUUUCUUGACCUCGGUAACAUACUCCCUCCUCCUCACCGACCCUUCGUUUCCAAGGACCCUCCGCACCCUCUUCACGCACGUCGAUGAACUCGUCGCCUACAUCACGCGCUUGCAGACCAUUCACCAAAAUCUUGACCUGGAGGAGGAUGAAGGCUUCGAAGACUUCAGCCAUAACUACAAGCAAGAGGAGAAAGAUGUGAGCUUAGAGCUUGAUAGGGCCAGGAGAAGACUAGAUUCGGAUCUGAAGGCACUGAUGGAGCGCCUGAGGGAGAUCGACUCCGAGAGAGUGGGUACGGGUGGUUGGGAGGCUAUAAGAGAGUAUGGUAGCGUGGAGGGGAGGUAUGAACCCUUGAGGGUAGGUGGGGUGGAUCGAUUGCUGAUGAAGCUGGAUUGGGGCGGAGAGGAUGAAGAGGAGGAGAAUGAGGAUCUCAUAUAGUUAAUUACAUGAAGAGUUAUCCGGAACGCUGCCUGCAGGCGACCGAGUCUUGAGGCUUUGGGGGGAAAUCCCAAUGCCGGAUGUCCGGCUCGAAGUUGCUCGAAAUCCUUCAAGAAGCAGAAUGCAGAGCGCAAAUUCCUAAUAAUGCAGAGUAGGAGAAUGAAUGUGAGAUUGCAGAAUGCUGAGGUGAGGAAGAGGAAGCUUGUGGGAUGAUGAGUGCGACACAUUCCGCCUCCGGGCCAAGCACCGAGUCAACACUGCGCGGGGUUGUAUAUUACCCCCGGCUUAACCCAAAUUUUCAAUCGAAG